UCUCUCAAACUCAAACACAUCUGUGUAACUUGCCUCCUCUUCCUUCUUCCUUAUCCCUUCUCACUUCCCAACUCUUCUCAAUCCAACCAUCCCUUACCCUUUUAUGAUUCUAGUUAUUCAAAACAAAACCGCCAUUAUUUCGGUAUCAUAUGUAUAAAUAUAUCUAUAUAUAUAUAUAUAGUCCUACCCUACAAGCUAUAAACUUUCUAUAUUAAGUUACAUACUUAUAAUAACUAUAUACUAUAAUACACUUUCAAAAUCAUCUUAAGAAAUGGGUAAUGGUGACUAUGAUUCUUACUCUUCUGGUAUGAACGUUGAGAGUGUUCACCGUGUGGCUAUUCCGCCACCGCAACCGUUUUUCGAGUCUCUGAAAUAUUCUAUGAAAGAGACUUUAUUCCCGGAUGAUCCAUUGAGAAAGUUCAAGAACCAACCAGCUUCUAAGAAGCUUGUGCUGGCUCUUCAACACUUUCUGCCCAUUUUGGAGUGGGGUCCAAAAUAUACUCUUCCGUUCUUGAAGUCAGAUCUUAUUGCCGGGAUCACCAUUGCUAGUUUGGCUAUUCCUCAAGGGAUUAGUUAUGCUAAGCUUGCGAAUCUUCCUCCGAUUCUUGGACUUUAUUCAAGCUUUAUACCUCCGUUGAUCUAUGCGAUGAUGGGUAGCUCGAGGGAUUUGGCGGUGGGAACUGUGGCGGUUGGAUCGCUUCUGAUGGCGUCGAUGUUGGGUCGUGAAGUUAGUCCGACCGAGAAUCCGACGCUGUUUCUUCACCUUGCUUUCACUGCUACAUUCUUUGCAGGACUUCUACAAUUAUCACUGGGCCUCUUUAGGUUAGGUUUUAUUGUGGAUUUUCUAUCACAUGCAGCGAUAGUAGGGUUCAUGGGAGGAGCAGCUACAGUAGUUUGUCUCCAACAGCUAAAAUCGAUUUUAGGACUUGAAAAAUUCACACAUAAAGCUGAUGUUGUGUCAGUUAUGAACUCUGUUUUUAGCCAAACUCACGAGUGGAGGUGGGAAAGUGCAGUGUUAGGAUGUUGCUUUAUUUUCUUCCUCCUUGUUACAAGAUACUUCAGCAAACGACAACCCAAGUUCUUUUGGGUGUCAGCCAUGGCGCCACUCACGUCGGUGAUAUUGGGAAGUAUAUUGGUUUAUCUAACUCACGCUGAGAAACACGGCGUCCAAGUGAUAGGAAACUUGAAGAAGGGGCUAAAUCCACCUUCAGCAACAGAUUUAGUGUUUGUGUCACCUUAUAUGGGCACAGCCAUCAAAACUGGACUCAUCACUGGUAUAAUAGCUCUUGCAGAAGGAAUAGCAGUAGGAAGAAGCUUUGCAAUGUUCAAGAAUUACCAUAUUGAUGGCAAUAAAGAAAUGAUAGCUAUUGGCACCAUGAAUAUUUUUGGCUCACUAACCUCUUGCUACCUCACAACAGGACCGUUUUCUCGUUCGGCUGUGAAUUACAAUGCUGGUUGCAAAACUGCUGCAUCAAACAUUGUAAUGUCAAUAGCAGUGAUGUUGACAUUGUUAUUCCUAACACCUUUGUUCCAUUACACACCUCUAGUGGUGUUAUCCGCCAUAAUCGUAUCUGCAAUGCUUGGACUCAUAGAUUAUCAAGCCGCAAUCCAUUUGUGGAAAAUCGAUAAAUUUGAUUUUCUAGUAUGUUUCAGUGCGUAUAUUGGAGUUGUCUUUGGCAGUGUUGAAAUUGGCUUAGUACUAGCAGUUGCAAUAUCUGUACUCAGAGUACUUUUAUUUAUAGCAAGGCCUAGAACAUUUGUUUUAGGAAACAUUCCGAAUUCAUCGGCAUACAGAAACGUAGAACAUUAUCCAAAUGCACAUCAUGUUCCUGGAAUACUAAUUCUUGAAAUUGACGCGCCGAUUUACUUUGCAAAUGCAAGCUAUUUAAGAGAGAGGAUUACAAGGUGGAUUAAUGAAGAGGAAGAGAAAAUCAAAGGUGCAGGAAGUACUAGUUUGCAGUAUGUUAUAGUGGAUAUGACAGCUGUUGCGAACAUUGAUACAAGUGGAAUAAGCAUGCUUGAAGAGUUCAAGAAGUCGGUUGACAGAACAGGACUACAACUCGUUUUGGUCAAUCCGGGAAGCGAGGUGACGAAGAAGCUGAACAAAUCAAAGUUCCUAGAUGAAAUAGGACACAAAUGGGUUUAUGUGACAGUUGAAGAGGCUGUUGGAGUAUGCAGCAGCUUCAUGCUUCAUACACAAAAGGCUAACCCCAUGAAAGAUGAAUCAGAAGGUUUGAAUAAUGUGUGAGAAGAAGCAUUGUUUAUUAGAGUUUAUCUUAGCUACUAAUAUGUGGCAUGAUAGUUUCUGAAUCAUGCUACAGAAUAUAUAGUGAAACAUAGAGAGUGGUAGAGUAUUAUAAAUUAAUAAGUUUCUCAAAUUUGCAUCUUGAGUUGGAAGAAUGUUUUCAACAAAGGCUAUUGAAUAAUAUUUAUGUAUCCUUAUGAUCUGUUUUCAAAUGGAAAGUAGCUGUUAUGAAA